UGCGAACUGCAGCGACACGUAGUGGGACUGUCAGUUUGCCUGGGAUUGUUGGGAUCACUGGGAUCGUUGCUUGUGCCUUAAAUGACAGGAGGGAACCUCCCCGCAGUCAGUUUGAGAGGCCAGAGCAUUCAACACGUCCUCUUAUCAGCUUCAGCCCUGACUGAGCUCUGUGUGUCAGAGUCUGAGGAUGAGGAUCGCUGUGCUGGGAGCCACUGGGCAGACUGGUCAGUAUCUGGUCAACCAGGCGCUGCAGCAGGGUCACUCGGUCACCGCCAUCGUCAGGAACCCAGGGAAACUCACCGUGCAUCAUGACAAUCUCAAGGUGGUGGAGGCUGAUAUCUUCUCAGCAGACAGUCUGAAGAAUCAUUUCAAAGGACAGGAUGUGAUCAUGUCCUGCCUCGGCUUCCCAGCCUCCCUCCUCUCGGCAGUGACGGGCUACACACUGUCCAUGAAGGCUAUGAUCAGCGCCAUGCGAGAGGCCCGGGUCAACAGGAUCAUCACCAUGACCUCCUGGUACACCGAGCCUAACUCUGGAACUCAGUCAUCUUAUCUCAUCCGCUUCCUCCUGCUGCCGAUGAUCCGAAGCGUCCUCACCAACAUGUAUGAGAUGGAGACGUUUCUGCAGAAGACUGAGGACAUCAACUGGACUGUGGUCCGCCCACCGGGCCUCAAGAACCUGCCGGCCUCAGCUCAAGAGUUUCUGACCCAUGAGGGAUACUUUGUGCCCGACAGCAGCGGUCACCCUGCAGGCAGCGCAGUGGGAAGAGGAGACGUUGCUCGCUUCAUGCUCUCUCUGCUCAACAGCAACGCCUGGGUCAAGAAGGGAGUCGCCAUCACUACCAAAUGAGGAAGAAGAGGUUGGCAUUAAUAAGGGCUUGGUUCACCUUAAGUAUAAAAAACUAUAUUUCUCACAAAUCUCUAGUGGUAUCUGCCCAUGCAGAUAUUUUAUUAAAUUGCCCAGGUUUUGAGAUAUCAGCCUUUGAGAUUUUUGCUUCCACACCUAUACAACAGAGGUAAAUGGAGGUUUUUGGUGCUUACUGCACUGAAAUCUCUCAAUUAAUCUGUGAACCAUUUUGACUAAGAAGCAAACAAAAUUUAUUUCACCUCUACUGUAUUGAGGUGACAGCAGAAAUUAAUAGCUUGAAUCCUGGGCAAAUAAAGCCAAAAACUAUGCUCUUAUAAAAGAUGUUUAUUGAUGUUAAUUGAUUUAAAAAGUAUAAUGUUUAACACCUGACACAUUUUCUCCUUUUAUGAAAGGCAAAAAAACUGAUUCCAUACGAGCAGUUAUCAUUCUUUAUGGUUAUGGCUAUCAUCAACUUAGAUUUAACGCAUUCUCUAAUGCAUUAACUCUAUAUUUAACUUGGCUUUUCCAGUUAAGGAGGAUAACCCUGAAACAAAGCCUACUGGUUGGCAAAGCCUACUAAACUGGUUUGGAAAUCCUAGGUAAACAUGAUCUGUCCCCUAUGAGACAGUGAAGCUGAAUUGAUUCAGACAGGUUGGUAAAUAAUCCUCAUGGUUGGAUAUGACUAGAGCUAAGGAAGAAAAUGUGUUCUCAUUUUUUUAGUUGGGGUGAACUGCCUCUUUAACAAAAUGUUCGGCCCUAUUUUUUCUGCCUUCACAGUCUACUAAUAGAUAUGAUGGUAUAACUACUUUAUAUGGCCUUAAAUGUCUUUUUAUUUACUCUUGUUUAACAGAUUCUUCUUUUUAUAAGUUUGAAAACCUUGUCUGUGUUUUUAUUAUCAGUGACAACCACUAUUAGCAAAGGAAUCGUGAUCAGGUAGUUCAUGCUUGUAUUUAUGCACGCAUUUUAAUUAUUGUCAUGUAGAAUAAAUAUAAACAUACUUCCCCUGGGGACGUUUAUCACUUGUGACCAGAAGAGACACAGUGGAAGAUUUUAGAAGACGUCUGUUGAGGCCCCGUGUUUGCCAGAUGCUGAAUAAAAUGGGUUAAAGUAGGGCUGAACGAUUAAUUGCAUUUGCGAUCAUAUUACGAUGUGAAGAAAAAUUUCAACCUCGGAAACUGCGAUUGCACUCAUGCGAGAGACUGAUUGCGCGUUAAUCUGUUUAAGAAUGGGCUCAGGCUCGACAGAAGCUGAAACUGCGGAAAGUUCAGUGCCAAAGAGGAGCAGGGCGUCAGUUGUGUGGGACUAUUUCUGAUUUAAAAAAAAAAAAAAAAAAAGCAGCGUCAGGUAUUGUGCAAAACCUGCCUUGGCAAGGUUGCUACCUCACGGGACAACACUCCUAACUUGUUUCAGCACUUAAAAAAAAAAAACACCAGAGAAGAGCGUACGAUAGUUGCAUGGCUAAAAUGCCGAGCACCUACUCAAGUAAACCAAAGACCACUCGGCAAGAAUCACCAGUGUUUAAUAAAUACACUGGAUAAGUGAUACAACAUGCCGUCCCGCACAUAUUUUAGCCUGGUCGCCAUACCGGAGUUACACACAAAAUGCAAAGAGAAAGUCGCUGCGGAAUAAUAAGUAAUGUUUAAUCUAUCUAAAUAUUGUUUUGGUCAUACUACAAUGAUUUAUUGCUUGUUGUUGUUGAAUAAUACAGAACACAAAGAGCUUUCAAAAAAUAAUUGCAUAUUAAAUCGCAAUUAGAUUGU